GUCCAAGGCUACGGUUGACGGUCAAGAUCAAAGAAAAAAAAAAACGAGAGGGUGACGGAACCUAGUCGUCAGGGAAGUUAUCACGCGAUUUUCGUGGUGAUAACGGUGCGCUUCGAUCAGUGAGAAUCGUCAAAUUCAACGGAAAAGGCAGGCAACCAUGAGGAUAAUCGCGCUGGUUCUUUUCUUGGUCCUCGGACUCGCUUUAAACGCUCAUUGCAUGGCAAUGAAGAGGAGCAAGCCAAAGGAGGAAGGUAUCCUGGGGUGUAUAUUCACCAACAACGCCAGAAGUUGCCUCAGGACGAGAUUAGCCCGUGACCUGGACCAAAUCGAGUUGGAAGUUACCGGGAAAAAAAGCGAGCCACCGAUGAGCGCGGUGAUCGAACAGGCUGGCAAUGUCAUCGCUGAAGUCGUUGAUGAUCUGCAGGAGAAUAAUGCGGAAGAAAUCAUCAAGGAGGAUGACGCUCAAAAUGACAAUAUAGAAGAGGCGCGUAAGAAGAAGUUCAAGAAGAAACAUCUGCAGAAAAUUCUGGGAUUAGUGAUGCUGCUAAAAGCGAAACUCAGCCUGUUGCUGCAGCUGAUAAGCACUCACUUCCAGUUCAAAUUCUUCAUCAUCGCCAUCAUCUCGUUGAUACUGAACGCUGCCAGAUUCUGGAUAGAGAUCAAAAAGCCUUCUAAAGUUAUCUACUACGAGCAUGCACAGCAUCAGCAUCAUUACGAUCACGACGAUCACGGUUAUUGGGGAAGAUCAUCGAAUGAGACGCCUCAUGAACUCGCGUACCGCUCUUACGCACCUAUGGACUGAUAUCAAAAUCGCAUAAAUUUGACCGAGAGGAUGAUCAUUUUGCGCGAGAAAGAUCAAUGAAGAA